AUGAGGUUAUCUCUUCUACAACAACAACCAACCAACCAACUAACUAACCACCUAGCAAUGAAGAUAAAAACCAUUAGUAGAUCAUCAGAUACAUAUGUUCCAGUUAAGAACACUCAAGAAUCAGCUCUUCCACGUAACUUAAACCCAGCAUUACAUCCAUUUGAACGUGCAAGAGAAUAUACUAGAGCAUUACAAGCAACUAAACUUGAACGUAUAUUUGCUCAACCAUUUGUUGGUCAAUUAGGUGAUGGACAUCGUGAUGGAGUUUAUGGAUUAUCUAAGAAUUAUAAUACUACUAAUCAAGUAGCAAGUAGUUCAGGUGAUGGUAUAAUCAAAUAUUGGAAUUUAACUGAUCGUUUAGAAACCGCUAGUUUUAAAGCCCAUUAUGGUAUGAUUAGUGGGAUUUGUAUACAUAAUAAUCAAAUGUUUAGUUGUGGUGAUGAUAAAACCGUUAAAGUUUGGUCAGUGAACACCGAUGAUUUUGACCACAAGAUCAACGAUGAUGAAGUUUACACUAAUAAAGGAUCUCGAACAACUGGUGGUAGUAGUAAGACAAGUGGUGGGUUGAUUAAAACAUUUAUUGGUGAACAUUCAUUCAAAGGUAUUGAUCAUCAUCGUGAGGAUGAUUUAUUUGUCACUGGUGGUGCAGCAAUCCAAUUAUGGGAUAUUAACCGUUCUAAAUAUAUCUCCAAUUUAAGUUGGGGAUGUGAUAAUAUCAAUACUGUUAAAUUCAAUCAAAGUGAAACUAAUAUAAUAGCAAGUACAGGUUCGGAUAAUUCCAUUGUAUUAUAUGAUAUCAGAACAAACACACCAGUUCAUAAAGCCGUGACAAGUUUAAGAAACAAUGCCUUGUGUUUCAACCCUAUGGAACCUUUCAACUUUGCAUCUGCUUGUGAUGAUACUAAUGCAUAUAGUUGGGAUAUGAGAAAGAUGGAAAAACCAAAGAAAACAUACAAGGGGCAUGUUGCACCGGUUAUGUCAGUGGAUUAUUCCCCAACAGGUCAAGAAUUAGUCACAGGAAGUUGGGAUAAAACUAUUAGAAUUUUCCCGGCAUUGAAUGGAAGAUCUCGUGAUGUUUAUCAUACCAAGAGAAUGCAAAGAGUAUCAGCUGUGAUGUUUACAACUGAUAGUAAGUACAUAUUGUCUGGUUCCGAAGAUACAAGUAUACGUGUGUGGAGAGCUAGAUCAGAUCAAAGAAGUGCAGUUAAAUCAGCUAGAGAAAGAGCUAAGUUGGAAUAUGAUGAUAAAUUGAAAGAAAGAUAUCAAUACAUGCCUGAAAUUAGAAGAAUUGCUAAUCAUAGACAUUUACCUAAAGUGGUUAAGAAAGCUGAAGAAAUUAGAAGAAAUAGUUCAAAGAAGUAG